UUGAAUUUGGUUUGCCAACCGUCAAUAAAACACCAAAGAAGAAGAAGAAGAGUGUUGACUUUUUUUUUUUUGUAGAAGUGUCAUAUUUUCACUGGAUGCCGUAUAUUUCCAGGUUUCAUGCGACAGAUGUUCCCAUUUACAGAGUCUGACGUUAUCCCGUUUUACAUGGCUCAGCAGUUCACCAGGAAAGGUUGGGAAUGUUUACAUAAUUCUCAGGAGAAGCUCCAGGUGUAGCAGAUGAAAACUGGUAAAGACAGAGUUAAUUAAAGAGGAGAUUGAAGACAUGAGUGAUCCAGAACCAUCCAGAAUAAAACAUGAAGAUACUGAGGAACGAACAGGUACGAACUCCAGGUGCAGCAGCUGAAAUCUGUGACAUGGUAAAGAUGGAGUUUGUUAAAGAGGAGAUUGAAGACAUGAGUGAUCCAGAACCAUCCAGAAUAAAACAUGAAGAUACUGAAGAACAAACAGACUGGAUUGAAGUAAAACAGCAAAGACAUGAGGUGAAUGAAGUGGAGGAACAUUGUGAAAUCAAAACUUUAAGAAAAAAAGCCAAACAGCUGCACACCUGCUCACAGUGUGGAAAGAGUUUCAGAGACAAAGAAAACCUUAAAGGACACAUGAGAAUCCACACUGGAGAGAAACCAUACACAUGCCCUCAGUGUGGAAAGAGUUUUGCUGAUGCAGCAAAUCUCCGUAAACAUCUGCUCUUUCACUCUGAGGACAAGCCUUUUAACUGUGAUCAGUGUGGUAAAAAGUUUAUUUCACCAUCAGGUCUAAAAAGUCACAUGACCGUUCAUUCAGAUGAGAAGCCUCAUGUUUGUUCUUUCUGUGGAAAGAGUUUUUCAUGGCUGAUCAGUUAUAAACAGCACCAGAAAAUGCAUAAUGAAGUGAAAGAUCAUGUGUGUUGUGAGUGUGGAAAGAGCUUUACUAGAGUUUGCAAUCUGAAACGGCACCAAAUGAUUCACACUGGAGAAAAACCUUACAAGUGCUCAUAUUGUGACAAGAGUUUCACUCAGUCUGGAAGCCUGAAAGCACAUCUGCGACUUCAUACUGGAGAGAAACCGUAUCACUGUAUUCAGUGUGGAAAGAGUUUUACUGCAGCAGCAGGUCUUAGUUAUCAUCUGCACAUUCCUUCUGGAGAAAAGCCGUUUAGCUGUGAUCAGUGUGGUAAAAAGUUUAUUUCAUCAUCAUGUCUAAAAAGUCACCUGACAGUUCAUUCAGAUGAGAAGCCUCAUGUGUGUUCUUACUGUGGGAAAAGUUUUUCAAGCCUGCGCAGUUGUAAAAAGCACCAGAAAGCGCAUGAUAAAAGAUCAUGAUGAGAGAUCGUGUAUGUUGUGAGUGUGGAAAGAGCUUUUCUACAGCUGUCUAUCUGAAACAGCACCAAAGGAUUCACACUUAAGAAAAAUCUUACAAGUGCUCACAUUGUGUGACAAGUUUCAUUCGGUCUGAACACCUGAAAAUACAUGAGCGAGUUCAUUCUGGAGAGAAGCCGUAUCAUUGUACUCAGUGUGGAGAGAAUUUCACUCAGUCAGCAAAUCUAGUGACUCGUAUUAAAAAGCAUUGUUUUGUGUCUGAGUGAGCAAAGGUUUUUUUUACAAGAUUCAAUAUUUCAAAGAAAUAUUGUGAGAUUCAGAUAUAGUAAAUAUGAGAUUAGCUCAAAUGAUUCGUUUUGCUGUGAAAUGCCACAAGAUUUGUGAUGGGUUUUUUUCUGUUUUGUUGGAGAAUAGCAAAAGUUUUUAGUCACAUGUAUAUACUGUAUGUGUGUUUGUUCUUUGAUUGAAUGCUUCCUCAUUAAGACAUUGACAAAGAAACACCCAAAUAAAACUGGACAAAUAUGUAAGAAAACUCAAUGACC